GGUUUUGUAAAAAAGAUUUUGAAUUCAAGAUUUCACACAAACACACACAACCCACGUUUGUGUGUGAGAGAUUGGUGAUGAGUUGUGUAAGGAAAAGAUCAAAAGUUUAAUGAAAAAAGAGAGAUGAAUUUGCAAUGUUGUUGUCUAUGGCUAUUAAUAGAAAUAUUUUUACAUUAAAAACAUCACAGAAUAGAAAUCUUUAUAAUUGUUUUAGUUGCAGUUUAAAUCCAUCAACAAGAAGACCUCAUUCUGUUUUGCUUUCUCAAUCUGGACCUUCUUAUAAUACACUUGUUUACCAGGCAGCAAAACUUUUAGGCCCUCCAGCAACUUUUGAUGCCUCAAAACUAGAAGUUGUGUUCAAGGGAGAAGAAACAGACAAGUACACAAGAAUCCUCCCAAGGACGUAUAACCUUUCCCAUUGUGACUUCACUGCUAACCUUACGUUAACCAUCUCAAACGUUAUCAACCAUGAUCAGCUGAAAGGGUGGUAUAAUAAGGACGAUGUAGUAGCUCAGUGGGCUGAAGUGAAGGGCCAUAUGUGCCUUGAUGUUCAUUGUUAUGUUAGCGGGCCAAAUUCUUUGAAUGACCUCUUAGCAGAAUUCAGAUAUUACAUAUUCUCAAAGGAGUUGCCGUUGGUGCUUGAAGCAAUGUUGUAUGGCGAUCGUAUUCUAUUCAGUGAGCAUGCAGAGCUAAUGGAUGCAUUUGUUCGCGUUUUUUUCCAUUCUAGCUCAAGAAAGUACAACCGUGUAGAGUGUUGGGGUCCUCUUAAGGAUGCUGCUAAGGGACGAGUAGGGAAUCAAAUACAAGGCCUAUUGGCUGAAAACACACAACGAUCUGCGCCUCCAAAGAGCUUGGGAGUACCAAAAUCUGUAUUUCAACUUCUUUUUACAUUCCUUUUGUAAUUAACUACACCACGGGGCAAUGACAUAAUGUAAAAAAGAAAGUCAACCUGUGGAGAGUUCAAAGUCAACCAUUGAGUUGCUGCAUAGAGGUUGAGAUUGACUUCAUUUUGCUAUCUCAUUGAAUUCUUUUUUGUACCCUUCAAUACAAUUCAUGAAUCAGAAACCAUGAACUCAAAAUCCUUGACUAAA